AUGUCUUCCUAUAUCAAAAAACACUGCAGGUCCAUCAGUCGCCGUAUUUCACAAGUAGGCCCUAUGAAAGUACCUUCUGAGACGAAGUCAUCAUCCAAAAUACCUCCUUCGGAGACUUCGACCGUGGAGACUCGGGAUGAUCACCAGUUCCAGAAGUCACCACAAUCUCGCAAAGAUCCUUCUCCUGAGAAAACAUCUUCCAAAUCACCCAUUUUCCACAUCGAAAAGGCAAACACAACACCCUCGGCUCCCUCAAAAGCCAAGAAUCCUCAACAUGAAUCGAUUUCUAGCUCCGAGGACGUAACCAUUAUCGAUACUCCCAUUGCAAACACAUCAUACACAACGCAUUCACCCAACACCCUCCCCAACACCAUCCCCAACACCCUCCUCACCACCACUACCACCAAAAGCAACAAAAACGGGCCCGACGAAAAAUACCAAAUAAACUCACACCUCCUCUUCGAACAUUUCUUCCCAGGCCAAACCUACAUCUCCGUGCAUCUGCAACGCCUACAACAUGGCCUAUAUUCCGAUUCAAAUAUGCACACCAAACAGCCAUUACACGUAACAUUUGUUGCUCUCAGUUUUGUAUUUCAUGCCUCUACCCCUGCGCAUCGAUUUGAGUCUGCCGUUAUUGAGAUUAAGGUUACGGAUAAAACUGGUACUAGAGAAAGAGAAGCAGAAGGUAAAGGAGGAGGAGAAGAUACCUUGAGAAUCUUAAAAUAUGCACCGCAUCAAGCUUAUGGAAGGAUUAGCACCGAAAGCCUAAAAUGGAAUUUUCAGCUCGGGGCUAGUUUGGGAGUAUCGCAGGGCCCAGCAAAAAUAUGUGUUAAUCCUCGAGUAUCAGAGGAGAAAAGUAGGGUUGUGGGGACUAUGAUGAAAAUACAAGGAUCUACUCGCAGCACUUUUCACAAAUCUACACGUUACCCCGAUACUCUGCUCCAUUUCUCGCUCGAGGAAAACUCGCAGCAGGAAUCGGGUCUUCCGCGUGAAUUUACAUUUGUAUUCCUAGUGGAGCGUCCGAGUAAAAAACAAUAUCCACCUAUCCAUACCGUGAACUUUCCGUCUAUAGUGAAGACGAUGGAACAUCGGAUUUCGGAGAAGUUGAGAGGGUUGAAUGAAAUGAGUGAUGUGAAGAAAGAUGAGGAGGAAUGUAUGAAAUAUACAUCUGAAGAUUUGGCGGGGGAACAGAAGACAGCUAGAGAAAGAUUGGAUGGGCCUUUGGAAGAGGUGUUCGGUGAUGUUGAAUUUGAGGUUUCUAUUGAACCUAAGGUAUCCAACACACUCCAACUCCCCACCAUCACCAACACCCCCCACAGCGAACACACCGUCAUAACAUGCGAAGUCGGGCAAAAGUUCCCAACCGAAGGAACAGCCGAUAGCGUUGGGAAAAUGGAGCAUCCGGAUUCUAUGGUGGGUGGACGGUAUAAUUUUGCGAAGCUGGGGGGUGCGUUUGAAGAGCAGGUGAGUUUGCCGGGGGAGUCGGUGGGGAGUCGCGUUCCUGAUGUUUCUGAUGUAUGUGCGGGGGGAGGUGGAGGGGGAGGGGGAAAUAAGGAAAUGCUGAUGUGA